AUAUUUUAACACUAAAAUAACACAAAAUUUGAAGUAUUUUAGUUAGCAAUAAAAAGUAUAUCUAAAUUUAACUAAAUUGCAUUUAAUAAUCCAACCACUAUAUAUUUUGUUGUGCACGUAAGAUCUCUCCGCUACACUACACAAAGGCUCAUCACAGCUACAUUCACGGAUUCACAUACCAUAUGGCCGAGUCAACUCGCUCAUCGUCCCCCAACGCGCCACCAAAUCUCUCCGCCACAAGAAUCCAAAACACCAGGUCUUGGCGUCUGGGUUUAUUCCUCUCCGCCGUGGCCACCUUCGUGAUAGCUUUACUUCUAGUCCGAUUUGAUGCCUUCGAUGCGGCUCCCUACUCCUCCGACGAGUUAGCUAAGAAACCGAUUUCUGCAAUACCACGAACCAAUCCUCGAGUCCUCCAUGGUUCCGAAAAGAUAGGGGAGGGUCAGUUAUUGGCUCCUGAAGACAUCCUGUAUGACCCGAAGUUAGGGGUUAUUUACACCGGCUGUGUUGAUGGCUGGAUCAAGCGAGUGACGGUGAAUGACUCGGUGGUGGAGGAUUGGGUUAACACUGGUGGCCGGCCUCUUGGACUCGCUCUUGGUUACUCCGGCGAAGUUUACGUCGCUGAUGCUUUUAAGGGACUACUUAAAAUAACCCAAGAUGGUGAAAUAGAAGCCUUGACAAACGAGGCCGAGGGUGUAAAAUUUGGAACCACAGAUGAUGUAGUCGUUGCAAAAAACGGUUUAUUAUACUUCACUGACGCCUCUUGGAAAUACGAGUUGCAUGAUUUCGCAUUAGACAUAUUCGAAAAUCGGCCUUACGGAAGAUUCAUGAGCUAUGAUCCAUCCACAAAGCAAACCAAAGUCAUUGCUCGAGAUCUCUACUAUGCUAAUGGCGUUGAAAUUUCCCCAAAUCAAGAUUUUGUCAUCUUUUGCGAAACCCCAAUGAUGAGAUGCAUGAGGUACUAUUUAGAAGGGGAAAAACAAGGUUCAAUCGAUGUUUUUAUUGAUAGAUUGCCUGGUAUGCCCGACAACAUUCGUUACGAUGGCCAAGGCCACUACUGGAUUGCGAUUCCCACUGAGCAUACAUACGAAUGGGGCCUCGCACGUAAAUAUCCAUACAUACGAAAAGUUUUAGCAUUUUUAGAAAAGUACUUGAAAAGGCCUUCUGUAGAGAAAAACUCAGGGGUAAUAGCCGUAAAUUUGGAUGGGAAGCCAGUUGAGCGAUACUAUGACCCUAAACUGACAUUCGUUACAACAGGAAUUAAGAUCGGUGAACAUUUGUAUCUCGGGAAUCUUGCAAAGAACUUCAUUAUUCGCCUCAACCUUACUCAAUAUCCUGCUAUUGCAUCCUCUUCACCAACAUGAGCAACACUCUUUUUUUAAUAUUGCUUUGUAAUUUUAGAAGAUUAAUGUAUAUGACCACUUGUUUUUCAAAAAAGUUAAUUGGGAGAAAUAGUAACAUACUCUAUUAGAAUUUUCGAUUUUAACAAUGUAAUUUAAGUUUUACUAAUAAGAACGAUUUCUUCCCAUUUA